UGUCCGACGCGCAGCUACGUCACCAUCCGGUCUUUUUCGACGGCGGAGAAGGGCGCGAGAUAGAAAUCCAGGAGCGCGGACAUCCCCGGUGGCUCCAGCCGGCUAGUAGCUGCAAACUUCACCGUUCAACGCUACGGCGCCGGGCCUCCACCGCUGGCUGCCCCCCCCCCCACUUCGCGAAGACAACAAGCACGCGGAAUACAUCGACACAUUACCAAAUACACACGCACAUGACGCGCAACGGCUGCAGGACGAACCACCGCCUGAACGUAAACAACAGAAACAGAGGGAAAUGUCUCGGUGGCCGCGCGGUGAGGACGGAGAGGAGGCCAUGCAUCACGACACCGAUUCCGAUGUGGCAGAGCAGAGGGACGGUGGGAAAGUGAAGGUGAAAUGGACACAAGAGGAGGAUGACAAACUCAAGGCGCUGGUUCACAAAAUGGGAUCAAAUGAUUGGAAAUAUAUUGCCACCUACAUACCAAGUCACUCUGAGCACCAGUGUCAGCACCGUUGGUUUAAGGUCUUGGAUCCAGAAUUGGUCAAAGGCCCGUGGACCAAAGAAGAGGACGAGAAGGUGAUAGAGCUUGUCAAUCUCUACGGCAACAAGCAGUGGGCGAUGGUGGCCAAGCACCUGAAGGGCAGACUGGGGAAGCAGUGUCGGGAGCGCUGGCACAACCACCUCAAUCCCAAUGUGAAGAAGUCCUCGUGGACGGCGGAGGAGGACCUCAUCAUCUUCAAGGCGCACUGUCUGCUGGGAAACCGUUGGGCUGAGAUGGCCAAGCUGUUACCUGGAAGGACCGAUAAUGCCGUGAAGAACCACUGGAAUUCCACCAUCAAGCGCAAAUUAGAGAUGGGCUUCUUUGCCGGGGAGGUCUUCAGUCCAAAUGAACUCGAAGAGCUGUUGGACCGUGUAAAUAAAGAUGUGCAGAUGGCCAGUUGCUCCCAAGAUGGCGCGGAAAGAGAUCCAGAGCAGACAACGCUUCCUUCGGAAACGCCCGUCUCCGCCAUGGUGAAAGCCGAGCCCGCCGAGGUUGCGUCCUCGCCAAAGGACGGCUCAAGUCCCAAGUCCGAAGCCGGAGAAAUGAACAUUACCAGCUGGGUGGUGGACAGCUCUGGCUUUCUCUCCCCCACCGGCCCGGUACUGAAGGAAGUCCUGGACAUGGUGGACGGGGACCUGGAUGGCUGGUGCAACCUAGCGGCCUUUGACCUGCCGGAGGACAGUCCGAGCCCGGAGCGCCACCAGUUUCGCCUGGAAGGCAGCGCCCUGCAGGAGCUGAGCAAAGGCAGCAAGGGCGAACUCAUCCCCAUCUCCCCCGGAGGGGUCACGCCGCCCUCCAUACUGAACCGGCGCAGCCGGAGGCGCAUCGCCUUGUCCCCCGACGCCAACAACUCCAUGACUCCCAAGAGCACUCCUGUCAAAAUCUUGCCCUUUUCUCCAUCUCAGUUCCUCAACAUGUGGACCAAGCAGGACACUCACGACAUGGAGAAUCCGUCCCUCACAUCCACACCGGUGUGCAGCCAGAAAGCCAUUCUUACGACACCGCUACAGCGAGACAAGACCCCCCUCACCCAGAAGGAAAACUCUGCAUUUGUCACACCCAACCACAAGUCCGACCUCUGUUCGACCCCGCGAACUCCGACGCCUUUCAAAAACGCCAUGGAGAAGUACGGGCCUCUGCAGCCGCUGCCUCAGACUCCGAACCUUGAAGACGACAUAAACGAAGUCAUCAUGAGAGACUCUGGGAUUGACAUGGUCGGCGCGCGCUCGACUCCGCCUGAACAAAGGCGCAAAACGAUGCAUCGGCCCCCUAUGAAGAAAGUGCGGAAGUCACUGGCCCUGGAUGCCGUGGACUGCCAUGUGGUGCCCACAUCAAAACGCAAAUCCAUCAUGACUGAAGCCAAACACACAAUCAAGGACGAGCCGGUGAUAGUGACGCUCAACUCCUCGUCGUUUUGCAGUAAGCAACACGACAAUAUUUUGGAUCGGGGCUUUCUUUUGGGACCCAGCGACAGUGCCAUAUUUACCAGCACGAUUCCCCCAGUUCUGAUGUCGAAAGAAUGGGAGACGGUUGUUUGCGGACAGACUAAAGACCAGCUCAUAAUGACGGAGAAGGCGAGACGCUACCUUCGCUCACUAAAAUCCCACGGCCACAGCCGGGCGCUUAUUCUGUCCUGAGGCGCGUCUCGUCUUUCCACCGACUCGUCACACACGCGAGGAACCUAUAGUCGCCGUUUUGCUGUUGUAACGCGCGGCGGAGGAAAAUCAGCGUGUCAUUUGUAGGUUUAGUACGGUUCUCGUUAGCAAUCACAACACUGACAAUAUGUAGCCCCAGGAAUAAUUUAAGGGGCGAUUUUUUUUAGCUUUCGUCUCACUCCAAUGGCCUCAUGCAAGGCUUGAAAUCGCAUUUCGUUGUACUGUCACUUAAAAAAAAAGAAAAGAAAAGAGCAAUGAAUGUAGAAUUAAAUUAAAUCACGGCCGUACACUUUAUCACUGAAAAGACAUGGUUUUACAUUGCGUAAUGUGUCUGUAAUUUAACUGUUUUUUAAAGUUGUGAAAAGUACAAAGACUCAGGUCGCACCUCCAUAUCGAAAGUUCAGUUGUAUGACUUGAAUGUGGAGUAAAUUCAGACAGCUUGAUUACUAAUGCAUUUAGAGACGAGGGGGGGGGGGGUUCAUGUUGAAAAUGUUAAGUGAACAUUGUCUUGUUUUAACAGUCUUUUCAGCAUGUGUCUAGAUUCAUAAUACACAUCUCAAUAUUCAAAUUAUAAGUGAGGUCCUUAGGAUGUAAAUUGGGUGUCUGCUGGAAAUUUGAAGGUGACCACAGCACACAGCUGCUGUCGGUCAAGGAGACCCACUGCUGAUUGAGAUGAAACUGAGUGAUGAAUACACUUGGGGAAAGUUGUAGCAGCAUCAGUGUAGGGGGCGUGGAUGCUGCACAGCCGCCGAUGUUCAGAAUAUUAUGUCAUUUGGCACUGUUUGUAAAUAUUUAGAGUUGUAUGUUUUUACUUUAUCAUCCAAGCAUUUUGUUAAGAAAUUUAAUAAAAACACAAUAUGUCCAAUGCA